CAACAGUGGACGAGAUAUCUUCAUACCCUUGGUACGUCGAGCUCAAUGAAAACAACAAGUGUGCAAUUAUAGUAGUAAGACGAAGAUAUACAUAUACUUGGUUUAUUUUUGUAUUUCAUUUCCGUUUCCCCCAGCGCCAGCGCCGCCACGUGGUGCAUUUCCGUCUCCACAAAUAAGCCGCGUAAAGAAGCGCAGUAGAUGAAAAUGACAACAUCAGUGAACGACAUCCAGCUCCUGUCCGGCGCAACGAAGGCAGAUGGGCUAGAGGCAAUCGCCCAUUGCAUAUGGAUUGCACAUAUGUCUGGGUCUGGGAGGAUGCAAGGUUUGUCAUGCUUGUCUGGCAUGACUGAAGAGUUUGUGAUGCAUGUCCACGAAGAGACCCUCUUGCUUAUCAAAACGCAGUUUUUCAUGCGGAAAGCGCAACACUAUCACUAAGCCGCGCAAAGAUUUCUCAUGCUUGGCUGUGCAUUACAGAGAACUCGGAUUCGCUACUUAUUCACAAAUCAGCAUUACAAGUUUCAGACAUAUUUGCACUCGAUAUUGCAGGAUACACAACGACGAGCCGGUCGCGGUGUGGCGUGUGAAUCCGGAGUAUGCAAGAAAAAACUGUUUAAGAAGUGUAACUUUCUUGGAGGAAUAGCAUUACUGCAUGACACAGAAGACCUGUCAUGCGCGGCUAGUAUGUGAAAACACGCACGAAAAGAGCCUCUGACGCAUGUCCAGCAUGACAGGUGUAGAGUGUCUCGUAUCGAGUCUCCAACUCAAAGUUACACUUACACAGUUUUUUCGAUAAGGAGAGCCUUGACGUGAGGUGGAAGCAGAGCGCACCUCCUUGGCCGUGUUUUCCGUUGUUCGCCCCUUGUUUACCCCUUGUGUACAUGGACAACAGGAUCGAAAGGGGACAUUUGCAGCACACGCUGUACAUUCUGGGCAAGAAGAACAUCUACAACUUCGUCUUCCCAUACGACGUGGGGGCAAAGAAAGCGGGCUGCAACCGGUGUUGCUACACCUGUUGCUAUCACGCCAAGACGGGCUACGAGCCUUUGCGCGUCAUGCGGCCCGACGCUUGGGUAGAGAAUGUGUGCCACCCCCGCUGCCAUCAUGUCGAUGCCGUGUAUCCAAGUAGAAAAAACCGUCUCAGUCGCGAAUCGCUUUGCAGGAGCCUCAGCACUACAAAUUCAGUCUCUAGUAUGAUGACAGCACUACACGUCGACCAAGAAGUCGCUGUGACGCGUCAGACUGAUGAGAGAAAGCACGCACUUUCUAAUCGCAUAGGAAGCAUGAUAAAUAAACGUCUCAGGGAAUGUCCGCAUCACAAGUUGACUAAGGCAUUUUUUUGUCGCGAUACCGUCAAAAUCAUGGCGCCGUUUGACUCAUCGCUGAACCACCAGCGCGGUGAAAACAAGGGCCACAAUGACGGAUGGUUCGCGAUGUAUGUGUCUAAUCCGGAGGAAACCUGCACGAUGAUCAACAACGCGCUUUACCUAUGCUGUGCAAAAGUAUCGUACUCGUAUUGCAAUCAUGCAUAUACAAAUCUUUUCCUUAAGGUAAAUCAGCAUUACAUUUCGUAUGCUGAAGAAAUUUGUAAUGCAUUUAUGCGAGUGCGAUGCUUUUGCACUGCAUAUUACCUCGCCCGCCAGGAGGCAGUACAGACGCAGAUGGAGACGCAGCCGCCUGCGGUUCCCGUUGGGAGCACGAAGGCCAAACUGCAGGAGUUCGCAGAAAUGAGGGACAUGGGCCUACUUUCCAUCCAGGAGUUUGAAGACAAGAAGGCCGAGCUCCUCAGAGAAAUGUAG